AUUUGUUGUGCCUUUCGGAGAAUCUUGGGUUAUGUUGUGUUGUUGGGUUCCAUGUCACUCUUUGUGGAGAACUUACAAUAUUAGUGCCUCUAGUCGUCACUCGCGUCGUCUCUCUUUUCCCCUAAUCCUGAAAAUAAGCUGCAUGGACGCCGGCGGCUCAGAUUCCAAUGGCCGCGAAUACAACACCGCCGACGAGAUGUGGAGUGAACAAGCCGGCGACCUCAAUAAGAAGACUCUCUGGUACCGCGAAGGUGUCUCUUACUGGGAGGGUGUUAAGGCAACUGUGGAUGGAGUAUUAGGAGGGUAUCCAGAUGUGAAUGAACCUGAUAUUAAUUGCAGUGAUGAAUUCUUGAACAUUCUCUUAUCUGAACGUUUUUCUCCUGAUGUCAAAACCCAACCACUCGUUGCUCUUGAUUGUGGUUCUGGCAUUGGUAGGGUUACCAAAAAUCUAUUAAUAAGAUAUUUCAAUGAGGUUGAUCUUCUUGAGCCAGUUUCACACUUCUUAGAGGCUGCACGUGAAACGUUGACCUCUGAAGGUUAUACAAGUUCAGAUAUGCACAAAGCAGUUAAUUUUUACUGUGUGCCUCUUCAGGAUUUUACACCAGAUACUGGAAGAUAUGACGUAAUAUGGAUUCAAUGGUGUAUUGGUCAUCUCACGGAUGAUGAUUUUAUUACAUUUUUCAAGAGGGCAAAGGUUGGCCUCAAACCAGGUGGAUUAUUUGUCCUGAAGGAGAAUAUUGCCAGAUCUGGAUUUGUGCUUGAUAACGAAGACCGAAGCAUUACAAGAUCUGAUUCAUACUUCAGAGAACUCUUUUCUAAGUGUGGUUUGCAUGUGUGCAGAGUCAAGGAUCAGAAAGGAUUCCCCGAGGGGUUAUUUGCUGUGAAGAUGUAUGCAUUAAGUACCGAGGCUUCAAAGAAGAUGCAUGCUCCAAAGAAGAUCCAACGCACUAGAUCUAAAUCACAAUCUAAUAGACCUAGGACCAUCAAGUGAACAACUUGUCUUAUGGGUUGAGUAUUCGUCCAUAGCCCAUUUCUUCAUGUUGUAUUCUUCUCUCUUUUUUUAUAAUUGUUUUUAUGUUGUAUUCUAGCUUAUAGUAGCUUUCAAAUGACACUUGUUGUCGGAUAAAAUGACCUUUAUUUUCUCGUAUUCUAUUUUCUUUCAUUAUAA